AUGUUGUCGAAUUACGUGGAGAUUCUCAUACCGCUCUUGCUAUGUGCGAGCUCAAUCUAUUCCCUAGAAAGUGUUUCCCGAUAUGAGUACGUCACCAAGAGAUUCAGUGUACCGGUGGAUCACUUUAGUUUCUCUCUCAAAAGGAAUUUCGAGAUGCGAUACCUUGUGAACGAUACAUGGCAACGUGGAGAAAAUCCUCCCAUAUUUUUCUACACCGGAAACGAAGAAGAAGUUACGCAUUUCGUCAAAACGUCUGGUUUUAUGUAUGACAUUGCUCCGACGUUCGGUGCUCUGAUUGUCUUCGCAGAACAUCGAUACUAUGGUGAGUCGCUUCCAGCGGGGAAGCCGGCGACUUUGAUCGUGGAAAACUUGGGGUUCUUGACUUCUCAACAAGCCCUAGCCGAUUACGUCGAUUUAAUCGAGUUUCUCAGGUCAAAUCCUGCGUUGAAACACAGUCCAGUAAUCGCUUUUGGGGGUUCCUACGGGGGAAUGCUGAGUACGUGGAUCCGGAUGAAGUAUCCUCACAUUGUUCAGGGGGCUAUUGCUUCAUCUGCACCGAUGCUUUUACUGGAUCCAACUAGUGACUGCCAUGGAUAUUAUAGAACCGUAACGGACGUAUUUCGUGCAGCCAAUGCUAACUGCCCGAAAAUAAUUCGUCGAUCUUGGGGUGCCAUAGACAAUAUAACGUCCACAGUCGAAGGAAGAGAAUGGUUAUCAGCUGAAUGGAAACUGUGUAAACCGAUUGAGAAUAUGGGUGAUGCAGAGCAAUUGAAAAAUUGGUUGAGCUCCAGCUAUACGACAUUAGCAACUAAGAAUGAUCCGUAUCCUUCAGGAAAAUUACCAGCUUAUCCAAUUAUUGAGUUCUGCAAAUUUCUCAAAAACACUACAGCAGAUUCUGACGCUGUAAUUUUGUCGUCCCUGAGGGAAGCCAUAAAACUCUUCGCAAAAAAUUUCGCCGAGACUGGCUGCAUUGAUCUACCUGAAUUGAAUAUCCAUGAGAUUCUCUGGUUUUAUCAGCAGUGUUCAGAGAUGUCAAUCUAUCAGUGUGCCGAUGGAAUCAGCGAUAUGUUUGAGUUUAUCCCGGCGGAUUUCGGAAGAGUCGCGAGAUUAUGCGAAGAAUUAUUCUAUGUUAGACCUCAAGCCGAUUUGGCUUGUAAGAUUUACGGAUGCUCGGACUUUUCCAUGACCAGUAAUAUAAUUUUCAGUAAUGGAUUACUUGAUCCGUGGCAUACAGGGGGUAUUCUCAAGAAUGUUUCCGAUUCUGUUAUCGCUGUGAUUAUUCCUGAAGGAGCCCAUCAGUUGGAUCUGGCUGGUAGUCAUCCAGGGGAUCCUCAGUCUGUCAUUGAUGCACGAAAUGUUCAUAAAUUAUUCAUAACAGAAUGGAUUCAGCAGUACCGCGAGAAAUUCACAAAACAAUCCUUGAAAUGAAAUAUCUAGCAAUGAGAAUUAUUGGAUAAUCAAUAUUGCCUCUUGAAUUCCGUUAAGUGAAUCUAAUAUUGAGAAAAUAUGCUCAUGAACAGUAGAUUUUGCUGACUGCAUUCAUAAUUUAUCCUGGCACUAGUGUAUCCCGCGCGUCAUGCGCGCCUCAGCCCGCGGCACAUGGUGGUAUCUAUUUACUUUUUCGCAAAUGCGACAUAAUUGUCCAUUUGCUGAUAAGUGUUGUGAGCAUGAUUUUACCACUCAUGUAUGAAAAAAUUCAAUAGGAAAGCUCACCGAAUUCGCUAGAAAAUUCUAUUGGGAUUCUAUUAACAUUCUAGGGGUUUCUCGUUUCCAUUGACUUUUUCCUAUUAAAUAUCUAGUAGAAUCUGCGCAAAAAACAAAUAGAAUUUUAACGAGAAUUCUCUAGAAUUUAAAUAAAAUCCCCAUAGAAUUUUCUAGCGAAUUCGGAUACUGGGUAAUUAGAAAGCAAAUUAUUGAUGAAAAUGACGCUCUGUGUGAUUUCCAGAUUG